AAUACGUCACAACAGGUCACAACAGACAUGUGUAUGACAAAAAUGGUGUCCGUUUACCAGCUGGCACUCAAUUUAUAAAAAAAUUGUUUUUUAAUGUAAGUGUAGUGUUAUGGCGUCUGUUCUGGAUUUAAUUAAACACUACCAGCAUGCAAUUGAAAAAUAUCCUAACGAUGAGAAAAAUAUAUUGAAGUGUAUAGACAAACUAUUCCACCUUGAUGUGACAGUUCAGCAUUUGCAAGAGACAGGUGUAGGGCGAACAGUAAAUGCCUUACGCAAAGAGCCAGGAGAUGUCGGACAGGCUGCAAGAGCACUUGUGUACAAAUGGAAGUUGAUGGUAGCUUCCGAAGAGAGUGACCAAGAGGGAGAUCAAAAUAAUGACACUGCAAAAUACAAUGGACAUGAUGAUGCAGAUUCUGAAGAUAGCCACAGAUCAAAAUACAAGCAAGAAAAAAAGCCAUCUGUACGAUCUUCACGGAAUGAUGAACGACACGGGCAUAUGAACGGUGAUCACCAUAGCAGUAAAAGGAAAUAUCACAGUAGUGAGGAAGAUGAACCGGAUGUAAAGAAAUCGAAAUUGUCACAGCCAAAAGAAAAUGGGUACAAAGUAAAGAGAGAACCUGAAUCUAGAUCGGAAAGAUCAAACAGUGAAAGUGAAAGUGAAGAUGACUCAUCUGAUAGUGACAGUGAUAGUGAUGCCUCUCAGUCUUCUGAAGAAGAAAAGGUGACACCAACCAAGGUCAAAGAAGAAAAGAAGGAUAAACAUCACACUUCAAGGAAAGAAAGUUCAAGCCAUAAUCACAGUUACCAUAAAUCUGAAAAUAAUUCUGAAAGAGAUAAAAAAGUAACAGAAAAACAAUCUAAGCAUAGCGAUAAUUCUAGACUCACAGAUUCAAGUAAAGAAAGAAAUCAUAGUUCACAUAGGCAUAAAAGUUCAUCAGAAUCCAAAGAUAAAGAUAGUUCAAGAGAGUAUAAGGAUAGAAAAGAUAAACAUUCAGAAAAGAAAGAUAAAGAAAAUAGAUCAUCUGAAAAGGACCGAUCAUCACAUAAAGAUAAACAUUCUGAGAAAGAAAAGAAAGUUAAGUAUGAGGAGUCAAUAAAACAUAACAGUUCAGAAAAGCAAAAAACAGAUAAAGAAAAAUCAUCGAGUAAACAUAGAUCAGAAAAGGAUAGGUCAGCAGAAAAAGAAAAAUCCUCUGAAAAAGAAAAAAGACAUAAAGAAGAGUCUUCAAAAAAGCAUAGUAAUUCUGAUAAACAUAAAAGCAGCCAUUCAGAAAAAAUUAAGAGUAACAUAGAAAAAAGCUCUAGUAAAACAGAGAAACACUCUUCUAGUUUUGAAAAGGAGAGGCUGAAAGAGAAAGAAAGAUCUGAUAAACAAAAACUAAAAAGUUCUUCAGAUCAGGUCAUAAAAGAUAAACACGAAAAGAAAGAAAGAAGUGAAAAUAAGGAGAAGCACAGUUCCUCGAGUAAAGAAAAAAGUAGUUCCUCUAAAGAAAAAGAUAGCAAGGGUGAAAAACGUCAUUCUUCAUCAAGUGAUGGGACUUCGAAAGAAGUUAGCAAAAAAUCUAAAAGUGAUAGAAGUGAAAGUAGUAGUCGGAAAGAUAAGCAUAAGUCUAGUUCUAGUAAGUCAAGUAAUAAGGCAAAUGAUGUACCAAAGAAAAAGUCUCACACAAGCAGCAAUGAUAGUGAUGAUGGGAUUGAUUGUGAAUCAGGAGCAAGCUUUGCUGAAGCAUUAGGCAUGGUCAGUCCGGUUAAACCUAAAAAGAAAUCAAGUAAAGAGACACAGUCACCAAACAGUUCCUUCAAUGGAGAUCUCAGCCCGGCUAAUCUUCUGGCGCCAACUGCAAAACUUGCACCCUUACCUAAUAUUGAAAUAUCGGCGUUACCUGAAAUUUCACCAAAUUACAAACCGCGACCGCCGCCUAAAUUCCUACCACAUUUUGAAGAAAUGGACUUAAGUACAGUCAUGUCUUCAAAGAACCAAAGAACAAAAGUUUUCUCUGGAAAUAAAGUAUUAGGAAAAAUCCCCUCACUGUAUGAAAUGUGUGUUCAUGUGCUUCAGGAGCAUAUAGACGCACUGGAAUACACCGGUGGUGUGCCAUACGAGAUAUUGAAGCCGGUGGUGGACAGAGCGUCCCCGCAGCAGCUGUUCAUGCUGGAGCACUACAACCCGUACCUGAUGGAGGACACGGACCACCUCUGGCAAGGGUUUUGCGAGAAACACUUCCGCAACAAAAAACGGAUGGAGAUGGAGACUUGGAGAGAAAUGUAUAUGCGAUGCCAAGAAGAACAAGAGAUAAAACUGAAAUCACUUACUGAGAAUAUCAAGAUUGCUCAAGAAGCUAAAAAGGCGCCUAUCAAGCAAACGAAAAUGGCAUAUGUUGAUACAGUUGUUAAACCACCGAGAAACAUUGCUAGGAAACAAGCCCAACACGGAACAGCAUUCGCAGCAACAGCCAGUCCCGCAGCAAGAGUGGCCGCUUUGGCCUCAGCCCCCAACGUACUGAAAGGGGGAAGACCAGCCCCCGUCGCCACUGCAUCAUCACCCUUCAUUAAACCCAAGAAAGCACCCCUCAUGCAAAAGGCCCUACAGUUCAUGAGAGGCCGAAAACGAUGAUGACUAAAAUUUACAUAUUUUAGAUGUAUGUAUCAUGUCAUCUUAUUCAUUGUAAUUGUAGCGAGGCUGCACUUCAAGUUUAUCCAAUUUGCUGUUAGUAAUUAUAUGAUCAGUGCACUUAUGCUAUUGCAAAUAAUACCCGGGGAUAAAAAAAGAUCCACUAUACUGUAUUGCUCAUGUUUUAAAUGUAAAUAAUGUAUCAGGCAAUAGAUUAUUAAAAUCAUCUUUUUAGUGCUUAAUAUACUCUGAACGCAAUUGUUGUUAACGGAAAUGUUAUUGCGCCCCGGUUAUUGUAUUAGUUUUAGUUGAAUUACUUCGACUUAUAAGUAUUUCAGCUUAAGCAAGUCACAAAUUGGAUAAACUUAAUUGUUUGUAUAGCUCCUUAUAGGAAACUAAGAUUGAAAAAUCAUUCACUGAAACUGAAAAUUUAUUAUGUUCUUGCAUUUGCAAGAAAGUUCGUCUACCUAGAUUUUAUAAUAAAAUCUUCCCAAAAUUGAAAAUUUUAGUGAUACAGUAGUGUGUUUGUUUGAUUGACUUUGGCAUUACAAAAUUUAAAUCUUACUUUUAUUUCUGAGUAAAACAAAAGGUUUAAAAUUAAAAACCUUGAUGAAUGCAUAGAAAUAAAAGUAUGAUGUUAAGUCUAUUUAUAUAUCUGUAAAAUAAUCUAAGAGCCCAAACAACAUAAAGAGUAGGUACUUUAACAAAGAAAAUUUAAAACUAUGAAAUUAUGUGGAUGAUAU